AUGUGCUGAUUAAUCAGCUGACAAAGUAAAAAAAAAAAUAAAGAAAAUCUAUUGUUUUUCUUUAAUAAUUACUUAAACAAAAAGUGGUUCAAAAGAAAAUAAAACAUUUACAACAGAUACUGAAUUCCGAAUUAAUUAAAUAAAUCAUUUUGUUAUGGUCCUUUAUAUUCCAUAAUCCAAUCACGAAUAAGCAAAGUAAUUACUGUAGUUACAAAUAAAUAUGGAAGACAAUGCUAAAAAGAAUAUGAGUAAAAUGAGAAGAGGAAAAUUAAAUAAAAAUGAUGAUGCAGACAAUCAACAUAAAUUUAAAUGUAAAAAUUGUUCAAGAACAUUUUCAACAUCAACAGGUUUAAAACGUCACAAAUGUCGUAAAUUAACUGAAUGUAAUAUUUGUGAAAAGAAUUGUUCAACAAAACGCGAUUUAUCAGCACAUCUUUGGACACAUCGCGAUGAUUUAAAACCAUUAGUUUGUAAAAUAUGUUCAAGAGUAUUCGUUUGGCAAUCGGAUUUAAAAAAUCACGAACUUUAUCAUCAAUCCGGACGUUCGUUUCCAUGUGACAAAUGCGAUAAAAUAUUUCGUACAAAUUAUCAUUUAAAAAUGCACAACAUUUGUCACACAAAUGAAAAACCAUUUCAAUGUAAUAUCUGCAAGAAGAGUUUUAAUCGUCUCACUAAUAUGACAGCGCAUAAAAUGAUUCACUUGAAAGACGAUUGUAAACCACAUAAAUGUAAAAAUUGUCCAAAAACAUUUCGUCGCGCCGAUCGUCUUGCAGUUCACAUGCAAACGCAUUCGAAAAAAAAAUUAUUACGCUGUCAAUUUUGUAAACGUGCUUAUGAAAAUUUCUACGAUCUCGAAUCACAUUUGCAUGUGCAUAAAAAGAAAAAUUCACUAACAUGUAAAAUUUGUUCGCAAACAUUUACAAAACUUUCCGACAUUAUGCUUCAUGAAGAGAAAUUUCACAAUAAUUCAAAACCCAUUUUUAAAUGUACACAAUGCAAGGAGAAAUUUAAGAAAAAAAUCUAUCUUAAUAAUCACAUGAGAAUUCAUUAUCAAAAUAAUAAAAAGAAUAUUCAAGCAAACUCCUACGAAUGUGAUAUUUGUAAAAAUUUAUAUUCAACAUAUCGUAAUAUCGAGCGUCAUAUUAAAAUACACAUGAAAUGUUUAGACGUUCACGAUUGUCCAAUUUGUGAGAAAAGUUUUUCGCGUGAACAACAAAUGAAUAAACAUAUUUUAACGCACGUUGGCGCAAAACCAUUUGUCUGCGAUAUUUGUAAUAAAAGUUAUUCACAAAAAAGUUAUCUAAUGACACACAUCAGAGAUGUUCACGAGUUGAAAAAACAUUUAUCAUGUAAAAUUUGUCAUAAACGAUUUGUAAAAAUAUCACAUUUAAUAAAACACGAGAAUUGUGUACAUUCGUUAAAGAAAUUUUACGAAUGUAAUUCGUGUGGAAAAAAAUUUUACGCCAAAUCCGAUCUUAUUGUUCACAUGGGUAGUCAUUCUAAUGAUAAACCAUUUGAAUGUGAUAUUUGUCUGAAGAAAUAUAAACAUAAACAUUCAAUGCUCUUGCAUAAAAUACGAGAGCAUAAUUCGAAAAAAAUAGAGCGCAAAAAUGGGAAAAUUGAAACAAAUAAUGACAAAGAAAUUACAAUCAAUAAUUUAAAUGAAAAUAAAUUUUCAUUGUGCAAUAAUGACAAUAUUUGUCGAGACAAAGAUAAUGUUGAAGUUUGUGAAAAUUCGCAAAUUUUUAAGAUUGAACCAAAAAAUAAUUUCGAUACAAAUUUAAUAAAUACGAAAUUUGUUGAUAUUGUCGUAAAACAGGAAUAUAGUGAAAUGUUCGAAAAUUUCGAUAUUGAGAUAGAAGAUGUUAAAAUUGAACUAGAAGAUUGAAUCUUCAAAUAUAUAUUCAUUACAAUAAAGGCCUAGGAUCGACUUUAAGACGCAAAAAAAAUUGUUUUAAAUAUUU